GCGCGCUACCACCAGCCAAUCAGCGACGCCCCCAGACGAGGGUCGCUUGGCUUUUCUCCCGCGGGAAUUCUGAGUUGCCUCAGAAGAACGUCGCGACAGCCAAGCGGAUACCUCAGAAAACAACUAAAUAUGGUGCCAUCUGGAAGAAAGCAUACAGGGAAAUCUGGGAAGACAUCAGUGGAGGAUCAGGUCGUAAGAGCCUAUGACUUUGAGAAAGAAGAUAAAAAGGAUCUGAGUGGUUCAGAGGAGGAUGUCACUGAAGGGAAGACUCCAGUAAUUGAUAAGCACGGGAAGAAAAGGACUUCUGCAGGAAUAUUUGAAGAUAUGGGGGGUGAAGUACAAAAUAUGCUGGAAAGAUUUGGAGCUGACAUUAACAAGGCUCUCCUUGCCAAGAGAAAAAGACUAGAAAUGUAUACCAAGGCUUCUCUCAAGACUAGUAACCAGAAAAUUGAACAUGUUUGGAAAACCCAACAAGAACAAAGGCAGAAGCUUAAUCAAGAGUAUUCUCAGCAAUUUCUGGCUUUGUUUCAUCAGUGGGAUAUAGAUGUGCAGAAAGCUGAGGAACAAGAAGAAAAACUAGCUAACCUGUUUCGACAGCAACAAAAGGCUUUUCAACAAUCUAGAAUUGUUCAGAACCAGAGACUGAAAACAAUUAGACAGUUAUAUGAGCAGUUCAUAAAGAGUAUGGAGGACUUGGAAAAGAAUCAUGAUAAUCUACUUACGGGCGCACAAAACGAACUUAGAAAAGAAAUGGCUUUGUUGCAAAAAAAAAUUAUGAUGGAAACUCAGCAGCAAGAGAUGGCAAGUGUUCGAAAGUCUCUUCAAUCCAUGUUAUUCUGAUGACUCUUUGAAGGAAGAACUUGAACCUAAAUGAUAUGAUACAAUUAUAACAUUAGCUAAGAAGAAUGUAAUUGUUUAGAGUGGUUUAAAAAUUCUAGUUUAAAAUAAUACAUCAUGUUAAUCUUUAGCUUCAGUGCAAGAACCCCUUUCUGUUAACCUUCACAUAAAGCUAAACAGUUAUGUGAGUAGUAGCAAUUCCUAAAUUAUAUAUACUAAGCCUUCAGUUCUUUAAUAGUAAUUGUGAAUUUUUCUUUUUAACACUUGUCAAUUAAUUUUUAGCAAUAAAAAUGAUUUAAUUUCAGGUUUUGGCUUCAGUCUGCAUUAGUCCCAAAAGGUAGAAAGCACAAGCAUAAAAGGUUAAAUUGUUCUUCCUUAAGAAAAAAUGUACAAAAUCUAUGUUAUAUAUACAUCCUAUCAUGUAUACUCAGUAAGUUGCACAACCAAUUCUAAUGAAAUUAAGAUUUCAAAAGAAAAUCUAUUCUAUUGACUUAUAAAAUUUAUUAAAAGAAACCUAAGUUUGUGUUCAGAAAUAAACUGCUAAAAACUAUUAAGAAAACCAAACAAGAUCUAUAAAUAAUCAGUUUUAAGACGUGGAUUUGUGAAUAUGUCAUUUCCACAAAAACAUCAAAAUGCCAUUUAAUUGGAUUUGGUCCACAAUUAAAUGACACAUGCCCUUAGUAACGAUUAAACGUAUAUCUAACAUACUUAAUUACUUAUGGUUUAAAUGCUUCACAUCUGUCUUUAAGUUACCUAGAAAAUAUUUUGUUUUUCAGUUUUAAUAUUCAGUAAAUAUAUAGAAGUUUGAUUAUAUUCAUUUCCAAAUGAACAGUUGAUUUUAUACCUUGUCUCUAAAAAUACGCAUUUUUUAAAACAUAGCAUAACAUAUGAAACACUUGAUUUAAUAAAUAUUAAAUUGUUUCACAUUUGUUUGAAAUAAGUUAAACUUACUAUUUUUUGCUGAAAUUGCUUUCAUUGAAUCAGUCAAAACAAAAAUAUGCCCUUAGAGGAAAAGGAGUGAUUUUCUCCUGUUUUUCCAUGUUUUAAAUUCUAAUUUUUACCCCUAUUACCCACUUUUACCUUAGUUAAGAUUUUCCAAGCCUAAAAAAUAAGCCCAUACUGAUUCUCUUUUUCUAGCUGUGAUAAGUUAUACAAGAAAAAAUUAAUGAUUAUCUAAGGAGACAGUUCUAAUU